ACUUCUGUCUUCUGUCAAUCAAUCAAAACCCGAAAAUAUUUUACCCUAUUUACAAGACCAUGUAAAUAUCGUUCAGUACACUAGCAUGGCAUGAGGCGUGCUUGGUGAGGCGAUGGCGUCGGCGGUGGCGGCUCGGCUGGCGGGCAGCAUCGCCAGGAACCCCCUGGCUGAGGGCCUCAACCCGAGGAUCUCUUCGGAGACCUUCACGAAGGAGAUCAUUGAUGAUCAUCAGAACCUGAACUCCUCUUCCUCAUACACCCUGACGAGUGGCCAGAGCGAGUUCAGUGGCGAUGUGGACCGAUGGAUCCGGGGCACCUCUAUGGAGAGCACUGGAGUGCAGAAUAGCAGGACCCGCCUAGUCCAGCGUUCAACCCUGGCCAUGGUGCCGUCCCUGGGCACCUCGGGUAUGUGGUACGUGCUCGCCAUGAUCCUGCCGCUCUUCAGCAUCAACACCAACUGCACGCAUUGGCGGUGUAAUCCUAGUGUGAUCUGUUACGCCCUCAGCGCCGUGCUGACCACUGCUGAGCUGGUCAUCGCCCACAUCGCGAGCAUCUGCGAGAGGGUCCGGGCCCACCUCCGAAGGCUCGCCCAGGAUCAGGUGGCCAGGGACCUGUUUGCGACCGCCAUGGAUGUCGUCCUGGUGGUGUACGCCGUCGGCUUCCUCAUCCUCUCCAUGUACCAGGCCUCGAUUAUCGGUUGAGUGGUUUUGGACUCUAAAUUUACGAAGUGACUCAAGACUCUUUUUUCUUGCAGUGGUUAUGGACUUAAUAGGCGAUUCAAGACUUUGGCAAUUUUGUAUACUUAUGUAGAGUCUGUUUUCUAAAGUUAGAAUAUUUUAAUAAUGUUAACAUUAAUACUAUUUAAUAUAAGUGUUUUUGAGUCAAAGUUGAGUUACAGAAUGUCACAAAAUAAAGUGAAUUUAGAGUCUAAACUUAUAAAUAGUGAAGUUUACAGUCGGUUUUAGAUGCUGUCCGAUGUUGUUGCAAAAUGUUGUUCUAUUACACUUUUGGUCCACAA